GAGAUUGUUCCCGUUUGUUUAUGUAGAUUUUGCACGAAUGCAAUAGCACCGAAGUCGCAAGAGUGACGCGUAGCGCCGUGGCGGUUAGGAAGGCCGGUAGUGUGACGGGCCGCGUGGUAGGAGGUUGCUGCGAUUCAAUUUCAGUCGAAGCGCGCCAGGCAGACCGAGCGCCAGCAAGAACCGGCUGCUCUCUUUUCCGCACCUCGAACCUCGUUUUUCGAGCAGCAUAGUCGAAUCGGUUGGUGUGUGCGCGGGUUUCUCUGUCCAACGGUCCAUUCGUGAGACCGGGAUGCACACGUACCGGUCGGCCAGAGGGGGAUGCUCGUAGUGCGUGUGUGUGUAUGUGUGUGUGUGUGUGUGUGCGGCGAGCCUCCCAGCAACCGAGCGAGUGUUUACAUCGUGCGUAUAGCCCACCGCGGACAACCGUUGCACAGGGAACACGGCAAUCGACAUCGCGGAAAGGAGCGUCGAGAGCAAUACUUCGAAAGAUCUUUAGACGAAAUUUGUGCGACUGUAGUCGAGAGUUGCGCGAGUGUGAGUAGAAUAUUCGAACAGUGGAAUUGAACCGUUUCUCCGCGUCGAGGAAACGAUCGCGAAUCGUACUCGAAAAUGAACAAUCGAAAGGUCCCUAGCGUACUAGUGCAGUUAUUUCGAUUAUCGAUCUGGGACUGUCGUCGCGCUUUAAUCGAGUGACCCCCCGACCACGUGAUACGUACUGCCCGCCGCCAUGACUGCUAGGGGAUAACCAAGAAACCGAGCUCAUUUGUGAGAAUGGAAUUUCCAGGCUACAAAGGCACCGGUCCUCGCGUCAGGGUGCGACGACGCGCGGAAUUAGGAAGACGGCUCACCAGGAGGCUGUCGCUGGUCGCGAAAAUGCCAGCUGCCAUUCUUAACAGAGCGAAUCCACCCGAACCAAGGCCAGUCGAGAUCACGGCGAUCGCACCCGACAAGACCCAGCUCACCAUCCGUGGAGCACUCGAGAAUUGGGACGCCAGUACCUUCAAAUCGAGCGACUUAUUUCCCGGCUCGUUUUGGAACUCUUACUGGGAAUACCUGGAGAGCUACGGCGAGGCCAGGAGGAUUCUGGACGAGCUGAGAGCAUCGGAGGACCCCCUACUGCACUUCCUUAGUCUUAGACAAGCCGCGGCCAGGCAUUCCCCGACCACGUUGCUUCUUCUACCGGUCCAGAGGCUGGCCGAAUACGAAAGGUAUCUGGGCCAGGAAGCGAGGAACUUGGUGGAGAACGGAAACGGAACCGUCGGCAGCGGCGCCGUCCUCCAGCGCGGUCAGCUCGAGGGCGAUCUCCAUCGGAUCCAAGAGCUGUUCCCUGGCGACAACCUUCGACUGCACGAACGAGAUGUUCUCACCACGAAAAUGAAGAGUCUGAUCCGCAAGAGAAGUGGUGGGAACCCUGGAAGGCUGACGAGAGUGCUGUCGCAGAAGUCGUUGAAUGUGCCCAGCAACUCACCAGCCCCCAAAUCUCCACCCAGGACUUUCCUCCUGGAAACUCCGGUUCAAUUCACCACGGGUGUGCAGUCACAGGAGAGACACCUCUUUCUGUUCUCCGAUCUGUUGCUCAUCGCGAAGGCACGAAGCGGGGGUAACUUCAAGCUGAAGCAAUCGGUGAAGAUGAGCGAACUCUGGUUGACGGCGGGCCACAUAGAGGACGUGGCUGAGACGAGCAAAUCCCAGGAAACCAGCUUCGUUCUCGGCUGGCCCACUACGAACGUCGUCGCCACUUUCAUGACUGCUGCAGCCAGGGAUCUCUGGUGGGGACGUCUGACCGAGCUGGUACGAGAGGAGAGUAUGAAGGAGCCGCCGGAUACAAACAUUCAAGUCGUGUAUCACGACAGUGACACGAACACGGAAUACUGUAAGACGAUAAUGGUGGGAUCCGAAAUGACGGCAGGAGCCUGCGUGAACCUAGCCACGCGUCUUCUGGAUCUCCAAGGCCCGUUUCAGUUGUGGGCCAGGACGUCCGCGGACGAGGCACCCUAUCCUCUGAUAGGUCACGAGAGACCCUUUGCCGUGAAACUCUCGAAUCUGCGACAUACCUUGUCCGCAGAGGAGGGUUUCGACCUGGAGCACUGUAACAAGAGCGGACACGAUACCUGCCACUUCAUCCUCAGGCCCGUGCCCAAGUCACCAGUGAAAAAGAACAAGUCGAAGAUCACUGGAUUAUUGAGGAGAUCUCUAUCUCUAAAUCCGAGCCUGUUCGGAGUAAAUUUGUCUAGACUCGACGAAAACGGACUACCGAAACCCGUCCUAGUGAUGCUGCAGCAGCUGUUCGCCAAAGGUCCCUUCACGCAAGGGAUUUUUCGAAAGUCCGCGAACGUCAGGAUCGUCCGCGAGUUACGAGAUCAGAUCGAAUCAACCGGUGACCCGAAUUGCCUCGAGGACGCGCCGAUCAUAGCGGUGGCGGCCCUGCUCAAAGAUUUCUUGAGGUCUUUACCGGAUCCUCUGCUAACCUCUCAUCUCUUCCCUCUGUGGAUGGAUAGCUUGGACACGCCAAAUCCUAUUCAAACUAUUAAGAAUAUUUUAGAUAGAUUGCCCAAAGCGAAUUACACCCUCCUGUCGCAUCUGAUAUGCGUUCUGCACCACGUGGCACGAAGGUCGAAGCACAAUCUCAUGUGCGCCAGCAAUCUCGGUGUAUGCUGCGGACCCAGCUUACUCUGGUCGCCUAAUCCUUCGGUGAACCAGAGCAGGUCGAUUCCCACGUUGACGGAAAUGCUGAUCCGUCACUGCGAAGUUCUGUUCGGCGAAGGCGUCACGCAACUCCUCGGGGAGGAGCGCAGCGACAGCGGAGCCGAAGAGAGCACCGACAGCCUUCACUCAGGUGGGCUUUCCCUGGACAGCCUGGACCUGACGGAGCCACCGCGAAAAGACCACAUGUCUCUUUCGAGAGACUCCGGGUUGACCCUGUCCGAUUGCCAGCUGUUCAUUCCAGAGUCGCCAGUGGGAUCCGAGGACUCCGCCGUGAACGCCUCGUCAUCAAGCUUCGACAAAUCCAUAAGCAAGGAAGACAAGUCCGUUAGCAAAUCGUACAUUCGCGUUUACGGUGGAUGGGAGGAGAGAAUAAACGGAUACACGGCGAACAAUCAUCACUCGAGCGCCGUGGAACACGGUGGUUUUAGAGAGGAGAAGAAUAGCAUUGGUUAUCCGAAUCCGAAUUUUCAGAGACAGGACUGGCUGAGAGCUCAGCUGAAGAGAACGCCGCGGACGAAACUCGACGAGCACGACCACCACCGCAAGGAGAGGUUCGACGAGAAAGACAUCUACGGUAGGGAGUAUCUCAGACAAGACUCGAUGAAGGAGAACGUGGAGAACUGCAAAGACAUUUACAGAUCGUCCCAAUUGGACAUAACGCGCGACCUCAGGUCAGAGUACGAGAGAGCGUCGCAACAGGACAUCUGCACGGAGCGAGUCUCAGUUCACAAUUCGGAACAGGAUUUAUCUGGGGAUGCAUCGUUGUCUAGUGACAGAUACGAAUUCAAGAAGGAGAGAUUCAACGAGUUCAAGAAGGUCAAAUCAGAAGUGUACGUCAAUCGAGACUCUCCCGUUUCCCAAAACGGUAGCUACCACUCGAGUAGCGAUCUCUACGAGUUCAAGAAGGUGAAGAGCGAGAUAUACGUCAACAAAGAGAGCACGCGUACCGAGAGAUACGAAUCCGAGAGUAGCAUCUACGGGAACAGGGACAGAACGAACGAGAUAUAUAGCUCGAGGGAGAGAAACGAUUUGUAUUCGUUUAAGCAAGCCGAGGCGAUCGAUUUAUACGGCGACGAGGAUGAAGAAGAGGAAAGAACGUGGCCAGACACACCGCCACCCUUGCCACCGAGAUUGAGGCAUUUGCCACCGGUGCACAUGAAUUUGGAAGACAGGCACAAAGUGGCAGGAAGGUCGAGGUCCCUUCCGCCACCGCCUCCUUAUCGGCCACCGCCUCAACCUCGUGCCUCGGUAGCCACGAGGCACCUGGGAUACGGUAGAUCGGUCGUAGACGAUGAGAGCUACGUCUGAGACGAUAAAAGUCUGAGACGCUGCCCGUCUAUGUGCACCUCGACGAAAUCAAAGUGCCGAAUGUCGCUGGCCGGGAACACGUAUAUACAUGUUGGCUGAUGUAAACGUGGUCUCGUUACGACAGAAACUAGUCCAAACUGGAACGCAUGCACGAUAUUUUGAGAGACAGUAGGCGAUACAUGUAUGAUAUCUAAUUAACGUCGUCCUCGUCGAACGGAACAGAGAAUGGUUACUUUGUCCGUAGUUUGGUCGAAAGCGAAACGGAGAAAAUUGGGUAGGGAAUAAUGGAGAAAUUCUCCAUACGGAGUGGCGUUACGGAUUACGCCCGCAACAAAGUCAAACCGCGCGCUAUCGAUCUUUGACGAGUUUUAGCGAUAAACUGUGUUACACAGUGAUUCAGGGUGCUUCCACGAGCCUUAACCGUAAGGUUUUCUUUUUAUUAGACUUCAUUAUAGAAAUGUUAUAUUAAGUAUAGACUGUAGCGGACAAGACUUGCGUCGAGAUGAUAUUAUUCGUAAUUCUCUUUUUAUACGCGAUCGAGAAUAGCUGUAAAAAUAUAUAUAUAUAUAUAAUAUAAUAUACAUGUGUGUAUAAGCAAUGCAUAAACCGCGCAUCGUUGAUAAAAGAUCAAAUAAAGGAACAAAGGGUCCCCGCGGAUGUUUGAACGAAUGCUGGCCUAUAGAGUUCGAGAAAAACAUAAAAAUUUCGUCGAUCCGCAGAACGAACCGCCGAUAAUGAAAUGUAAAUUUUAUCACAACCGCGUCGAGAGUGGAGAUCCUCGUUUUCCAUUCGUCGUCUUUGCGUUCAUCCUCGAAUACGUUCACGUAGUCGAUACGCACAUCUUUAAAGUGUCUCACGAGUUUGAGAUCGUUCGUAGACUCGUUUCGAGCCAACAAAACAGCGUCGACUUAUCGCCUCGUCGCGUUUCAUCAGGUUUCCUCCUCGCUAUGUAUGUACAUUCGCGUCUCGUUUCCUCUUUCUAAACUUUUCUAACUGGAAAUUAGUUCACCGCGGAAUAAACACGACAAUUUAUAUAACUCGUUCCCCAUCUCUGUCUUUCUUCUCUUUCUCAUUCUCUCUUUCUCUGUUACUUAUUAAUUAUCACUCCUUUCUUCAUCCCUUCUUUUUAAUUUUAGAACGUAUAAAUCGUAUAGUACUUCGUAUCGCGAAUGCAAGCGCGAUUAUCUUAAGUCAAUAAGAUAUACACCAGAAGUUGUCGGAAGCGUUUUAAUUAAAUCCAAACAUUUUCAUUUUUUUUUCUUUUUUGUAAAUAUUCGUAAUUGUAAAACUUGUAAUCUUUUAUAACGCUAAGCGUAUCACGCGAUACACGCACUACGCAACGCCUGUAAGGUAUGUAUACUUCAUCUAAAUUAUACGACAUGCUAUGAAAGGUUAAAUAUAUUUCGUAUUUUAUAGA